GAAAAGUCAAACUUCACUGUAUAGCAAAGGAAAAAAAAAAAAAGACAAAUCAAGGGGAAUUUAGAGUAAAAGAUAGAAAGAAAAUUAUAGCUUUGAAGUAUGUUAUGAAAAGUAGAGGAAUAUACUUAUGUUGCGCAGCAAAUAGAUUUUAUUCUGCUGCAUUUUUAGUCUGUAGCAAGCUGAGCAGCAACAUGUGUAACCCAGAGAAUAAAGACUAAAAGUUACAAAUACACUUUCCUGUGUUUCAAAAGAAGCAUCUAAAACUCUGGAUCUUGAAAUAAGACUGGGCAAAACACAGACACUGAUUUAUCAGCUAAAGUUUAAAAGACUCCACACUUUUAAAUACCCUUUGUCCUCUGAAAUGCCCAUGUCCUUGUAGACAUAUUCGAAACUCUUCCUUUCGAAGAGAAGAGAUGCAGCGCUUCCCCUCAGACACUGUCAGGCACUCCGCAGACAGCUUCGGGCAGAAAAUCUUUCUGGAGGUGUUGCGGGGAGGGGGAAUUCACAGCAUGGAAGGUCCGAGGUUGUGUUCUGGUGCCUGCAAGGGGCCCUUUGGCGCUUGAGACCGAGGGCCGCUGGGUCCACACGCGGGCCUCCCUCGCACCAGCAGGGAUGGGUCCCGGCUCUGCUCCCGAGGAGCCGGCGCCCUCGCAGCGGCACCGAGGCCAGGACGCUCCUGGAAGUCAGCCUGCUCGGCGGCUCUGCACUGCUGGGUCCGCGCGGCCGGGCGGGCGCUGCGCUGUCCCGCCCUGGAGCCGGCGCGGGCAGCGAGCAGCGGCUC